AUAAAAGCAAAUGUCUUCUACAGGCUCUGGCUGUGUGAUGGGCUUUCAUGGAGUCAACAAGUUAAUUAUGAACCCAACUUCCAAGUGGGUAAGAAGUAUAUCUACAACUAUGAAAGCAUCCUUUUAAGUGGACUACCUGAAAAGGGAUUGGGAAGAGCUGGGGUAAGCCUGAAAAGUGAAGUUGAAGUCAGUGGUAAAAAACUCAAAUUCCCAGUUAUGAAGAUUGGAAUUAGUGGUCGCUGUAAUACAACGUACUUUAUUAAAGAAGACAAAAAAUACAACUUGGCCCAUGUCACUAAGUCAAAAGAUUUGAAUGACUGUAAGGAAAGUGUCCAGAUGCAUACUGGAUUUGCUUAUGCCGUCAAAUGCAAGGAAUGUAAACCGAUCACUUUCAGGAGCUUGUUUUUAGAUAUCAUCCCUGCUGUGGCCAGUCUACAGGCCAUGAAGUUUCUAAGGCUUAAAACUGACCAGCAGGAACUCAAUGCUUGGGAGACUUUUCAGUCUGUGCUUUUGACUCUGCAUUUCUGUACCACGACGCAGGAAGCUGUUGAUGAAGCCAAGUUGAUACUGAAAAAUACCCAGUCACAUCCAUGGGAUAUCCUCCGCAUCACUGGGUUUCUUGCCUAUGGGUCACUGGUUUAUAAGCAUUGUGCUAAGUCAAUGAACUGCUCAGAAUCACCUCUCCAGGUAAGUCUCUUGACUUUUCUCUCUUCCACUCUAUUCGAAUGUCUCAUUUAACCUCCCCAUAUGCUGUUGUGGAGCUAGAACCCUAAGCUUGCCUUACUUUGUUGUGGGCCUGGAGAGCCUGGCAUUCCUGCAAAGGCCUCUGGGUAGACGAGGUAGCUGAGGGAGAAACUUGGGAAAUGCAUUCCCAUAG